GGGCGCAUCUGUUAUGGCCAACAGCUGUUAGUGUUAAAUGCGCGCUCAAAGAAGAAGAGUCAGAACCUCGGAAAAGUUUCGGAAAAGUCGAGGAAAACCAUCGGACGGGAAAGGACUGUCGCUCGCCGCGCGGACGGAGAUUGUAUUAACGGGAAUUCUUGAACUCUGCUCGAAAUAUCUCGGCCGCGCUGGUUCUCCGAUUAAAAUGACCUUUUAAAUUGGAUCGAACGUUAGAAAAAUAUCCAAUUCUUUGAAUUCCGGUAUUUCAAAAUAUUUGUGUUUAUGUUGAAGUAUAAUUUUUUUUUUUCGAAAAAAAAAGAAGAACGAUGCAGACCGGCUUGAACUGAGAAAUAAAUACAAUAAUCGCCUCAUUUGUCGCGCAAUUGUGGAAAUUUUACUGUCCAUUGUGCACUGGCAUUAAUUUAUAGUGAUUGAAGCAAAAACAAAGUGAAAAGAACAAAAGAGAUGUUUUGAAAGAAAGGCAGAAGAAGAGAAAAGGAAAAUAUUGCCUACUUAUCGGAUACAAGGAUCCGUUAACAGAUUUUUUUAAUCGCCGUCGCGUUAUCUCUACACACCCCCCACGCCCAACGCCCCACGCCUUACGCUCCACGUUUAUCGCUGCCUAUCCGCCGUAAUCGCGCCCGUAAUCGAGUGUCUCUGUGUGUGUCCGUGUUUGUGUCUCCAUCUCUCUCCCACUCUCUCUGUACAUAUGUACAAUAUUUGUCGUCGUCAUCAUCGUUGUUGUUGUUGCUGUUAUCUUAUUAUGCAUCUGCUGCGCCCGCUGGCCUCCGCCUCCAUCUGCGCCCCAACAUAAAAAUAUAAGAAAUUUGUGUUCUUCGGUGUUGUCUCGUGUAAGUGUCUAUAAUUUGUUUAAGUACGACAAGCGAUCCGUGAGAAUCAAAAAUAAGAAAAAAGAAAAGAUCCACAUCGACCGCACUCUUAAAUCCAAAUCUGAAUCCGAUAUCGAUACUGAUACUGAUACUCAGUUUCUGUGCUCGUGUGAUCUGUGUCAUUUAAUCGAUAACGCAUUCGAUAUCAAUUCGAAAACAAAAACACAAACCACAAACAACAACAAUCAAUCAAUCAACGUCAAAGGCACUUCCAAGGAAUAGUCUCAGAGAGUCCUGUCGGAACACUUUCUUAUCUACACAGUGCAAGGAUCAAUCUUUUGAGAAGGAUUCGAGAGGAUCCAAGGACAUGGACAUUUAAAAAGAUAUGAAUCAGCCACUUAUUAAUGAAAUGUUGUUGAACUAAAGCAUAAAUAAAUAUAUUUGCCACAUUUAAAAUCAAUUAAAAUAUUUAACAAAUAUUCAAAAGCAGUUAAUAAAUUACUUAUGUAAACAGUAGCAACCAGAAAGUAUCAAAUAACCAGAAAAUACGAACCACAUACGAACCAUCAGCAACAAUAAAUUAUUCACAUUUUGUAUAAAAAAGAAGAAUGUAUUAAAGUAAAUUUAUUCAAAAUAGAAAUGUUCAAUUUCCAUAACUCAGCAACUGAAAUAACGCACAACAACACCACAAACCACAAUAACAAUAGUUUCAGGAACAAUAAUAACAAAGGCCACAAAAUGCAUUUGAAAAGUGCAACGGCAUCUGCAACUGCAACGUCAACAGUUAAAACAACAGUACAGAAACAUAUUUUAAGUAAAUUUUAUGGAUAUGGUUGGAUGCAAGUCUUCCUACUACUGACAGUCUUCGUGAUUGGAAAUCAAAGUGCCUGGCAGGAGAAUAUACGACCAAAACUCUACGUUGAAUUAGGUCCCGAAGAUAUACUGAAGUUUCUGGGCAACGAGAGCGUGGUGGAUCACUUCAAGCUCGUCACCAGGGACGGCAACAGCCUGCUCAUCGGUGGAAGGAAUACGGUUUUUAAUUUAAGCAUACACGAUCUCACUGAACAACAGCGUUUGGUAUGGACAUCGCCGGAGGAUGAUACCAAGAUGUGUCUCGUCAAAGGAAAGGAUGAGGAGGCCUGCCAGAACUACAUCCGCAUAAUGGUUGUGACAUCGCCGGGCCGCCUCUUUGUCUGCGGCACCAAUUCCUUCCGGCCAAUGUGCAACACGUACAUCAUCAACGAGAGCAACUACACGCUGGAGGCCACAAAGAAUGGCCAGGCCGUGUGCCCCUACGACCCCCGCCACAACUCCACCUCUGUCCUGGCUGACAAUGAAUUAUAUUCCGGUACCGUGGCGGAUUUCAGCGGCAGCGAUCCGAUUAUCUACAGGGAGCCCCUCCAGACGGAGCAGUACGAUAGCCUGAGUCUCAACGCACCGAACUUUGUGAGCUCAUUCACGCAGGGAGACUUUGUCUAUUUCUUCUUUCGGGAGACCGCAGUGGAGUUCAUAAACUGUGGCAAGGCGAUUUAUUCGCGAGUUGCCCGCGUCUGCAAGUGGGACAAGGGAGGCCCGCAUCGUUUCCGCAAUCGCUGGACAUCUUUCCUAAAAUCCCGUCUCAACUGCUCCAUUCCGGGCGAUUAUCCCUUUUACUUUAAUGAAAUCCAAUCGGCGAGCAACUUGGUGGACGGCCAGUAUGGAUCGAUGAACUCCAAGCUGAUCUACGGAGUCUUCAAUACGCCGACCAACUCCAUUCCGGGCUCGGCGGUCUGUGCCUUCGCUCUGCAGGACAUUGCCGAUACGUUCGAGGGACAGUUCAAGGAGCAGAGCGGCAUCAACUCCAACUGGCUGCCAGUGAACAAUGCCAAGGUACCUCAUCCUCGUCCCGGUGCCUGCCACAACGAUUCCAGAGGCCUCACCGACCCCACAUUGAAUUUCAUCAAAACACAUUCGUUAAUGGACGAGAAUGUGCCGGCAUUUUUCGGUCAACCGAUUUUGGUCCGGACGAGCACAAUAUAUCGAUUCACACAAAUUGCUGUCGAUGCGCAAAUAAAGACUCCGGGCGGCAAGACCUACGAUGUUAUUUUCGUGGGCACAGACCACGGCAAGAUCAUCAAGUCGGUUAAUGCGGAAUCCGCCGAUGCCGCUGACAAAGUCACGUCGGUGGUCAUUGAAGAGAUCGAUGUCCUGACCAAGAGCGAGCCAAUUCGCAACCUGGAAAUAGUUAGAACCAUGCAGUACGAUCAACCCAAAGAUGGCAGCUAUGAUGAUGGCAAAUUAAUCAUUGUGACUGACAGCCAGGUGGUGGCCAUACAAUUGCAUCGUUGUCAUAAUGACAAAAUCACCAGUUGCAGCGAGUGCGUCGCAUUGCAGGAUCCUUACUGCGCCUGGGACAAAAUUGCUGGCAAGUGUCGCUCCCACGGCGCUCCUAGAUGGCUGGAGGAAAACUAUUUCUACCAGAAUGUGGCCACUGGCCAGCAUGCGGCCUGCCCCUCAGGCAAAAUAAACUCAAAGGAUGCCAAUGCGGGGGAGCAGAAGGGAUACCGCAACGAAAUGGACUUAUUGGAUUCGCGACGCCAGAGCAAGGAUCAGGAAAUCAUCGACAAUAUUGAUAAGAACUUUGAAGGUCCCCAAAUAUCCGCAGAUAUAAUCAACGCCCAGUACACUGUGGAGACUCUGGUAAUGGCCGUCCUGGCUGGCUCGAUCUUCUCCCUGCUGGUGGGCUUCUUUACAGGCUACUUCUGUGGUCGACGCUGCCACAAGGACGAGGACGACAAUCUGCCCUAUCCGGAUACGGAAUAUGAAUACUUUGAACAGCGACAAAAUGUUAAUAGUUUCCCUUCAUCGUGCCGCAUCCAGCAAGAGCCCAAACUGCUGCCGCAAGUCGAAGAGGUGACAUAUGCGGAGCCUGUACUGUUGCCACAACCACCACCGCAAAACAAGAUGCAUUCGCCAAAGAACACACUCCGAAAGCCUCCAAUGCACCAGAUGCACCAGGGCCCCAACUCGGAGACGCUCUUCCAGUUCCAGCCGGAUGGCUACAACACCCAACAAUCCUACCGCGGUCGCGACAACUUUGGCACGCUGCGCUCUCACCAAGUGAUGGGCGAUAACUACAGACGCGGUGAUGGCUUUUCCACCACCCGCAGCGUUAAGAAGGCUGUAAACAACACAAACACACGUAAUAGAAGUCUUGGUCGCGCAAGAAGACAGCCGCCCCGUCAUGGUAUUGUAACUCAACACCGCUCGAAUAGCCCCCAGCAACAACAGCAGCAGCAGCAACAACAGCCGCACUCCAGUUCCGGGUCCUCGCCCGUAAUGUCCAACAGCAGCAGCAGUCCGGCCCCACCAUCCAGCAGCCCCAGUCCGCAGGAGAGCCCCAAGAACUGCAGCUACAUCUACCGUGAUUGAUUGAUAUGCAACACCAAAUCGAUGCCACUCAUCCAGGCCCAGUCCACAGCCCAGUCGCUGCCCCAGCACCCGACCACGCCCCCAGCCAAGCCGCCCCAAAGGAGCCCCGUUGGCAGGACGUACGCCAAGUCCAUGCCAGUAACACCGAUCCAA